AUGGCUGAGCCACCGACCCGUGCCAUCGAAAUCUCAAAGGUGGUGACUGUAGCGGAGGCUCGCAUCGAAGUCAACAAGAGGGCGAGGGCAAUAUUCACCAACUACGAGAUAUUAAACGGAUUACUACUAAGACACGAGUGUACUAUUAGGCAAAGAUGGGCCAAAAAGACCCGACGUCAAAGGACGGAUAUUCUGUUGAAAGCAUGGCCAGGAAUGCCGUAUAAUCAUCGCCCCGAUUUGGAGGCGUUCAAGAAAAUAAAACAUCAACCACACGUUGGAACCGAUUCAGAUAGAGGCAGUUACAUGUGGCCCUAUAUCAAUCAGGAAGAUUUGUUGCAGACGCAAUCACUUCUGUUACUGCUCAACGCAAGAGGGCGGAACUUCCCUUCCAGUUUCGCAUGCAGGGAUUUCGGAUCCAUGCGCCUGGGUAUCGGCUCCAAAGCCAUCAAGUGCACUAUGUUGGGAAAUUGCACAAUGAUAUUAUAUGGAGCAAACACUGUUGAGGAAUAUGGCAAAAUUCUUCGAUGGAAUAGUCAUUCGAAGGCACUAGACUUAUUUAUUGGUCAUUUGGAAUUCUCUCCACCCGAAGGCUUUCUUAUUCUCGAGGCUCAGGAUAAGCUAAUGAAAUUUCUUGUCGACUGUUGCCAGGGAAUACUUCGAGAUAUUGAUCCUGGUAUGUUGACGAGCAAUAAAUAUCCUAUUCAGCCAGAGCCGCGGCUAAAGUCGGAGCUCGAGCUGCGUGGCUUUGAAUCGCUGGCUUCGAUGGCGGCCGAGGCCCCUUACCGACGUCCGGCCCGCUUUGAACUUCGACGUGUCGAAUCGUUGCUCGCUGCAAAGACCCGGGCACUAGAGGAUCAUAUUUGGGCUCUGCGAGAGGACCCCGUUUAUUGUCGCCAGAAUCUGUUGGAUGCAAAGGAGAUUCUAUUAGAAAAAGAGAACAAUAGGCAUGGGUUCGAUCCUACUCUGACGCCGGGGAGUGAACGCCUUCUUUCUGAAGCACACUUUGUAUCCAAUGUCCUUUUUGACGCUUACUUUGAGCUUGAUGUUUUUUCCAAACUCUACCAACAAGCACAGGAAUUGGCUGUUCUACAAAAAAAGUAUGAGUCAGUAAUUUCGCCAACGAAAGAACUCCCCGAUGAAUUCUUACUUGCUAUUUCGAAGUUCCUCCUCCUUAUGGCUCAAGGCUCCGGGGGAAACCUGAAUCAGCUUAAGCUUGUUGCAAUGGAAUCUCCACAAAUUCGAAAGUUUUACACUUGUUCAAGUGAUGAUAAUCUACCUGUACCGAGAGGAAUUGAGAUGAGCAAGGUUGAGGCUAAGUGUACAUAUCUGCUCCAAACGCUGUGGGAAAACCGCUAUGAUCUCUCUUGCAUGGGGUUCCCACUCAUCGUGGACGAGUUAGAACGCCUUUUGCUUUCCGAACCAACGGCGGGCGAACUCAUCUCUGGAAAGGUAGCAAGCAUCUUCGACAGCUUGUCUAUCCUAACCUGGUGCAAUGAAGAGAUUAAUUUCUACCAGCCUUGGGCUAAAAACUUCAACUAUAUUACUCUCGUGGCAAGAAAGGACUUGGAAGCUGCUUCUGAUAUCAAGGGCGUGAUGUGGCUUCGAACUAUGGCAGCUUUCAAACCCGAAAAUUUGUCUAAAAUACUGCCGUUUGCAGAACCACUACUAGGGUCAUUUACUUAUCCCUAUGAUAAGCAUCGGACAAAGGCCAAUGUGGAAUGUAUGCGCCGAGCUGAGCAGAAUCUCGACAAAUUCUGGGCUCAAGUUGACGACUUAAUCCUUUCAGCAUCUGGCGAUGCAAAACCAGCAUUAGCUUUGCAAAGGCUCUUAUCACAGCCCCAUCUCCUGCAGCGUACACCAGAAUGGACCGACCAACAAACACCGAUUCAUACUGUUGAAAAACCCCUCUCGCCCCUUUUCUUUAAGUUGUGGGGUUGCCAAAUUCAUGAACAGACAAUCGCCCACGCCCAGACAAUGCCCGUCCAAGCCAAGGUGAAGGAUAAUGAAAAGGCAGAUCCACAACCAUCGGAAGCCAUUCAAUCUGGACAUAUAGAAACAGAAGAAACCAUACCCAAGCCCUUUUUCUCAGUUGACAAUCGUGCGCUCAAAGUAUUCCGGACUUUGUUUUUCAACCCUGCUAUUACCUCUUCACCCGGGGAGAUAGCUUGGAAUGACUUUUUGCAUGCUAUGAAGUCGGUUGGCCUCUCAGCACAGAAGCUUUACGGAUCAGUUUGGCAGUUCUCUCUUGCUCAAACUGAUGGUUACGCAAGCGUCCAGUUUUGCGAGCCUCGUUGUAAAAGUAAAAUUCCUUUCAUGGUUGCCAGACGACAAGGUCGGACACUUACAAGAGCGUAUGGUUGGACUGGAAGCAUGUUUGUUCUAAAAAAAUAG